UUAUAAAAACUUUAUUUUGCAGGAUGUAAACAUGUAAAAGGUAUUUUAUUAUAUGGUCCUCCUGGGACUGGUAAAACAUUGAUGGCACGACAAAUUGGAAAAAUGUUAAAUGCUAGAGAACCAAAAAUCGUUAAUGGUCCACAGAUUUUAGAUAAAUAUGUUGGUGAAUCUGAAGCGAAUGUUCGUAGGUUAUUUGCUGAAGCUGAAGAGGAAGAGAAAAGGGCUGGACCCAACAGUGGUUUACAUAUAAUCAUUUUCGAUGAAAUUGAUGCUAUUUGUAAAGCCAGAGGAUCAGUUGCUGGAAAUACAGGAGUUCACGACACUGUAGUUAAUCAAUUAUUAUCAAAAAUUGAUGGCGUUGAACAAUUAAAUAAUAUUUUAGUUAUUGGUAUGACUAAUAGGAAAGAUAUGAUUGAUGAUGCUUUACUUCGACCUGGUAGAUUAGAAGUUCAAGUUGAAAUUAGUCUUCCUAAUGAAGAGGGUCGUGUACAAAUUUUAGAUAUACACACAGCAAAAAUGAGGAGAUAUAAAAAAAUUCAUUCAGACGUCGAUUGUAAGGAAAUAGCAACGUUAACAAAAAAUUUCUCUGGGGCUGAAUUGGAAGGUUUAGUUCGUGCCGCUCAAUCAACGGCGAUGAAUCGAUUGAUAAAAGCGUCGAAUAAAGUUGAGGUUGAUCCAGAAGCAUUAGAAAAAUUAAUGGUAAACAGAGGCGACUUCUUACAUGCCUUAGAAAAUGAUAUUAAACCGGCUUUUGGUACUGCUCAAGAAAUUCUUUCAAGGUUCUUAGCGCGUGGUAUCAUCAACUGGGGGAUACCUGUUAAGAACAUUUUAGAAGAUGGAAUGUUAUAUAUUCAACAAGCUAAAGCCGAAGACACCGCUGGUUUGGUGUCUGUAUUAAUUGAAGGUCCACCAAAUUCUGGGAAAACCGCUUUGGCUGCUCAAUUAGCGAAAAAUUCCGAUUUUCCAUUCGUUAAGGUUUGUUCUCCAGAAGAAAUGGUUGGAUAUACGGAAACUGCAAAAUGUCUCCAUAUUAGAAAGGUGUUUGAUGAUGCGUAUCGUUCAACUUUGAGUUGUAUUGUUGUUGAUAAUAUUGAACGAUUAUUAGAUUACGGUCCAAUUGGUCCUAGAUAUUCUAAUUUAACAUUACAAGCUUUGUUGGUGUUAUUGAAGAAAGAACCACCACCAGGAAAAAAGUUGUUAGUUCUUUGUACUAGCAGUCGAAGAGAAAUUUUACAAGACAUGGAAAUGUUAUCUGCAUUUACUGGAAUCCUUCAUGUUCCAAAUUUAUCAAAACCAGAUCAAUUAUUAUCAGUAUUAGAUAAUAUAGAAAUGUUUUCCCCUGAAGAAUUAAAACAAGUCGCAAAGAAUAUAAAGGAUAAAAAGAUAUUUAUUGGUAUUAAAAAGCUUUUGGCUGUAAUCGAUAUGGUUAAACAAAUAACUGAUGGUCAUAGAGUGAUUAAAUUCUUAACAAAAAUGGAAGAAGAAGGCUGUUUGGAUAUGGAAGUAUGUUAAAAUUAUUGACGUAAAAUCAUCACAGAAUAGUGGUUGUAGCAAAUUUAAACGAAAACAAAAUUUUCUUGUUGACAUCAAUGUAUUUAGCAAUAGUAUAAAAGUCAAUAUAAGAAAAAUAAUGAAACGAUAAAUAAUAUAAUAAUAACUGAUGUAUAUGAUAUAUAUUUUAUUAUUGCGGAAAUCAUAAAAUCGCGAGGUUUUGAAGUAACAAAGAUUAAGUUAAUUUAAAUAAUUUUUAACAACAAAUAAAUAGUAAACUCUCUAAAACAAAAUAUAAUAAUUAUACAUAGCUUAAAACAAUGGGUUUUGAAAAGUAUUUAAAUUAGUUUUCCAUAUUUUAGGUACAUUUAGGUAUUUUUUUUUAGUUUGCAAAAACGUACCUGGAUCGUAUACAUAAAUAUGUAUAUAAAUGUUGGUAAUUGGAUUUGAAGGAAAUGGUGAUUUUUAGUAAUAAUUAUUAAUUUAGUAAAGAAAACCAUAAACAAUAUGCUAUAAUAUUUCAAUUUUACAUUAUUUAUUUUUUACUUAUUUAACUUAAAUAUUAAAACCCUCCAUUAAACCAUUGUAGGUAGUAAAUUAAUAAAUUAAUUGUUGUAAGUAAAAUAUUCACAAAAGAAAUCUUCCGUUUUUAUUUGAAGCUUGUGUGAAUUGUGAUAACGCUGAUUAUAAACAAUGUAAAUGUCGCUUAGAGUUUAACGUAGCAAAAAAAAAAUAAAUGAAAAUGUGUUUCUCAACAUUCCAGUGAUAUAAUACUUGGAUUUCCAAAGAGGUUGUCUUGUAGAAAACUUUCACAAUAAUACAGUCGUGGCAGAAUUACAUUCAAUAAAUAGUGAGUAGUAUGUUUUGUAGAAUUGGCUCCAGGAGCUUUGUAUAACUUGCUUCUUGGACUAAACAUAUAGAGUCCAUAGGAUUGAAAUGUUAAUUAAUAUAUCACGUUGCUGCCCUAUAAUGAAAUUAUUCAAAACAAAUAAAAAGUUUAUAAUGUU